UGAAGAUUGAUUUCUAAUGUUGUAAUGUAGGGGGGCACGAAAAUGUUUCAAAUGUAGAAGUAGGACAAAAAUAUAUAUCAUACUAAUGCCUAAGUUAUAGAAAACCUGACCAAAAAAAAGCUAGAAAAACACAACACCUGCAUCUAUCAUGAGUGUUUGUGGUCAUUCAAAUGUGUGAAUAACUCAAGCGUUAUCUAUUAAUCAUGAGAAUCUUUUUUUUAAUUUUCUAGUUACUGUUACUAGCACACACGUGUAAAUAAAUUGUUGCCAAGAGUAAAAAGACUACACCAGGGGGAAACACCACACACUGGUUGGCGUCAGUGAAACCCUUGUAGCAGUUUUUAUGAGACACAUUCCUGAAGAUACAGCACUUUGGGCUUGCCGUACAGAGACAAUUAAUCAAGGAUCUGUAUUUAUCGACCUGUGAUGAUGCAUGGAACAGUGAACUGCACCGGCUUGUACUCCCACGCUUCAGUGGCACGUGUGCUUAUGCCUCUGGCCUACUCCAUCAUCUGCCCACUGGGGCUGGUGGGAAAUGCACUGGCACUGCACGUCAUCUACACCAAGCUGACCAAGCUCAACCCCAGCAUGCUUUACUCAGCCAACUUAGCAGUGUCAGACUUACUCUUCUGCCUGUCACUCCCGCUGCGGGCCAUCUACUACGGCUUGAGCUUCCACUGGCCGAUGGGAGAGGCACUAUGUAAGGCCAUAACACUGCUUUUCUAUGUCAACUGCUACGCAGGUGUUAAUUUCAUGACUUGUCUUGCUGUGGAUCGCUUUGUGGCCGUAGCUCUGCGCAAAAGGUUCGUCUGGCCCCGGAAAAUGCGGAAUGUGAAGGUCAUCUGUUUGCUAAUGUGGGUGCUGGUGUUGGCACAGACGCUGCCGUUAUUGAACGUACCCAUGACUCAUCUGGAUCCAGCUGGCACCAUUACUUGCAUGGAGUACCCUAAUUUUGAAAACUCUGUCGAAGGUUUGCCAUAUAUUUUAAUUGGUGCUGUGGUUUUGGGCUACGGAAUCCCGCUGGGAACAAUCCUCAUUUGUUACUCAGCAAUCUCGCAAAGACUGUGGCUAGCUGCCAAGUCCAACCGCCUGACUGAGCGAUCUGGAAGGACUCAUAAGGCACGGUCGGUGAUUUCUGGUGUGGUGCUGGUGUUUGUCGUAUGUUUCACCCCGUACCACGUGAACCUGCUGCAGUACAUGAUCCGGAAGCUUUUAUAUGAGCCUGACUGCACAGAGCUGCACUCCUUCCAAAUCUCAUUGCAUGUCACCGUGUGCCUCAUGAACUUUAACUCAUGCCUUGACCCGUUUGUGUACUUUUUUGCAUGCAGUGGCUACAAAAAGAAAGUGCUGAGGCUGCUGAAGCGCCAGGUCAGCCCUUCAAUUUCCAGUGCAGCACACAGCUCCCCUGACAGCUCCGGAGCUCAUGAACAGAAAAUCCAUUUAUCCCGCAACAACAAAACACCGGGUUCUGACCACCAAGGUUAGAAGUUCGUGAAUCUAUUUCUGAACCGAAGGAUAUAUUUUCUGGACAUAUGUCAGUAACAACUGUGACCAUGUUUUUUUUGGACUGUAUUACAAAUUUCUGAAGCCACAGUUUACAUGACGAUUUGCCACACGCCAAGACAAGUUCUCAUGCGGAUAUGCCACACCUUCAAGGAAAACUUUAUUAUAACCUCAUAUUGUAGAGUGUUUGUGUCUGUUUAAGGUCUCAAAGUUUGCUACAUACACUUCAGGCUCUGUCCCACUAAGGGAAAUCACAUUACCAGUAUAAAAGAAGCUUUUCUUUAAGUAAAUUGGUCUUCAGGGAGGCAGAACCCUGAAUCAGUCUUGAUGGAAAAUAUAAAUGAUGCGUUUGAA